AUGGAUAUUGAUGAUUAUUCAAGGGAUCGGUCUCCAGUGAGGGACAGAGAAAGAUCGCCAGUUAGAGAUAGGUCUGACCGAGAUGAUUUUGCAUCUUCAAACGAUUCACAAGGAAGAAGAGAUUAUGGUGGCUCGGGCUAUUCAAGAUCUUCAUAUGGUGACAGAAGGGGUGGAAGGAGCUCUUAUGGGGAUUCUAGAGGGUCAUCAUAUGGUUCCAGAGCUACGUCUUCAUACAGUAGUGGAUACAGGGGAGGUAAUAGCAGUAGAGAUUACUCCUCGAGGGGUUACACAUCAAGAGGUGGAGAUGAUGCAAGCUAUCGCUCCAAAACUGAAAGAAAUUAUGAUAACUCCAUAUUUGUCGGUAAUAUCCCAUUCGAAUCCACAUCAAGAGAUAUCGAGGACAUCUUCAAGGGCGAUUUCGAGAUUAUUCGUGCUGACAUUGUUACCAAUAGAGGCAGGUCAAGAGGCAUGGCUACGGUUGAAUUCAAAACCAAGAACGAUGUCGACAGAGCUAUACAAAAGUACGAUAAAUUUCCGUAUCAUGGAAGAGAAAUCUUUGUUAGAGAAGAUCAGCCACCACCGGAAAAGAGAGACUUUGGAUCAGGAAGAUCUUUUGAUAGGGGUGGUCGUGGAAGUAGAUACGAUGAUUCCUAUUACGGAAGUGGUGGUGCCAGAGGUGGGUAUGGCGGCGAUAGGGGAGAUCGUUUCCAGAGGAGUGACUAUAGACCUCCGUUGCCACCAUCAACACCCGGAACUGAAGUUUUCAUUGGAAACUUGCCCUUUUCAAUCAAUUGGCAAGCCCUUAAAGACAUUAUGAGAAAAGCUGGAUCAGUGGUGAGGGCCGAUGUCAGAUUGGAUGCUCAAGGUAGAUCAAGAGGUUUUGGCACUGUUGUUUUUGACACUGCUGAAGAAGCAGAUGCUGCCGUUCAAAUGUUUCAAGGGUACGAAAUCGAAGGUAGGAAGUUGGACGCUAGACCUGGUCGUACUGCCUAUGGUUCGACUGGCGAUAAAGCUACUGCAUUUGGAAGCGGUGGGGGUGGUGGUUUUGCUUCAGCUUCGACAGGUAAAAAGAAUUCCGAAUUCACUGAAGGUGUCACUGGAAAUGGUGAAGAGCCAAACGACACAAUUUAUGUUGAGAAUUUACCAUUCAGUACUGAAAAUGAUGACUUGUUUGAAUUGUUUGAGUCCAUUGGUAGAGUGGCCAAGGCUGAAGUGCAAUACCUUGAAGAUGGUAGAGCUAGUGGUAAUGGUGUUGUCCAGUUUGAAUUGCCUGAGUCUGCUGCGACUACAUUGAACGAAUUGAAUGGUUAUGAAUACGGUGGAAGAAGAUUGAGAAUUUCCUACAAGAAAUUGUGA